CUUUAUGUUUUUAUUGUAUGUUGACACUAUUAUAUUAUAUUGGUUAUGGGCUAUGGUUACAAAUACACUUGAAUUAAACAGAGAACAAACGCUGUGCAUAAUCAAGCAUGUAGCUUGAUUAUGAUUAAAUUAAUAUAAUAUCGCAAGUAACAAGCGGCCUUCGACUUAAACUAGUUAAAAUAUAACUUUUUAUCUAAAGUCCAAGCAUACCGUAUGAUAUAGGCUUUGUUAUGGUCAGGGUAAUUAAAUAAAUACAUGUUUCUUUUGAUAAAGAUGUUUGUUUACAUUCCAGUAAACUGGGACAAAAAGGAAUUGUAAAACUUCUCUUUUUCUGUAUGAAAGGAUGCGGUUAAAAUUGCAAACACAUUAAUUUACAGUGCCUUCCAAUGAUGAAAUUCGAUGUCGUCAGACGUGAAGAACUCAAAGUUGUUUUUGUGAAAGAAAGCACCGAGAACUAUAACACGGGUUCUCUGCAAGCAGAUCUUUUGAGCAAUGGCCUGUACAUUAUUCAUUCUUUUACUAAUACUUAACUCGACUCUUCAAGCUCCAACACGUUAUCAGAAUGAAAAUACAGGAACUUCAGCAACCAACGCUACCAGAAGACCUAACAUCGUGAUUGUUAUGACAGAUUCAUUUGAUGGCAGGCUGACAUUUGGCCCUGGGAACCUAACUGUGCAGCUCCCCUUUACCAACUACAUGAGAGAACAUGGGGCUGUCUUUGUCAACGCUUAUACUAACUCCCCUAUCUGCUGCCCUUCAAGAGCAGCCAUGUGGAGCGGCAAGUUUGUUCAUUUAACAGAGUCUUGGAACAAUUACAAAUGCCUGGAUGAGAACUAUACAACAUGGAUGGACCUUCUGCAGAGGGAUGGUUAUUACAUACAGAAAUUAGGAAAGGUGGACUAUAAAUCAGGGGACCACUCGCUCAGUAACCGCGUGGAAGCCUGGACCCGGGAUGUGGAUUUUCUGCUGCGGCAGGAGGGCCGACCUGUGGCUAACCUGACGGGCAACGCAUCCACGGUGAAAGUGAUGGAGGAGGACUGGAACGAGACAGACAGCGCCGCCCAGUGGAUACGGAGCACUGCUGCAACACUCUCCCAGCCCUUUGCUCUCUAUCUGGGUCUGAACCUCCCACAUCCAUACCCGACACCGGCCAUGGGGGAAAACAAAGGAGCUUCAACUUUUCAAACAUCUCCAUAUUGGCUUAAAAAGGUAUCUCGCCAACUCAUUACUGUUCCUAAAUGGUUGCCAUUCAAUGAGAUGCAUCAAGUGGACUAUUACUCCACCUACACCAAGAACUGUAGCUGGCAUUUCACACAGGAGGAGAUCAAAGACAUCAGGGCCUUUUAUUAUGCAAUGUGUGCAGAGGCAGAUGCAAUGCUUGGGGAAAUUCUAUCGGCUCUUCGUGACGCCAAAGUUCUCAAGAACACGUUUGUCAUUUUUACAUCAGACCACGGAGAGCUCGCCAUGGAGCACCGUCAGUUUUACAAGAUGAGCAUGUAUGAAGGAAGCUCUCACGUGCCUUUCCUUCUCAUGGGCCCCAAGGUGAAGACAAUGCAGCAGAUUGCACAUCUCAUCUCACUGGUGGAUGUGUACCCUACACUGCUUGAUAUGGCUGGUACCUCCCUCCCCAGCAGGGUAAGCGGGCACUCCCUGUUACCUCUGCUGUCCCUCAAUGAUUCGCCCCAGGCAGACCCGCUCCCCGACUGGGUGCUCAGUGAAUACCACGGCUGUGAUGUGAACGCCUCCACCUACAUGCUGAGAAGGGGCCAGUGGAAGUACAUUGCCUACGCUGACGGCUCUUCUGCGCCUCCUCAGCUCUUUGAUCUGUCUGUUGACCAGGAGGAGCUGCACAAUGUGGCAGCAAAGCUUCCUUCGAUCACAGCAGGCCUGGACAAGCUGCUCCGCUCCAUUGUGAACUACCCUGCAGUGUCCAAGGCCGUCCACCAGUACAACAAGCAACAGUUCAUCUCCUGGAGAAAGAGCCUGGGAAACAACUACACGGAUGUCAUAGCUAAUCUUCGAUGGCACACAGAUUGGCAGAAAGAUCCAAAAAACUAUGAGAAUGCAAUUGAAAAAUGGCUUCAAGGAGACUUAUAGAGCUUUUGGAAAUGCUUUAUAGUAGUUUAUAGGCAGGACUUACAAAGGGAUGUACUGUAGAUGCCCUUAGGGUCAUUCAUUUGAUCUUAAAACCAAACUAGCAAUGCUGUCUUUCCACCAGUAUUCGUUUGCUAGAAGUGGUGUUGAGAGUGGAUUUAAGACACCUCUUUACUCCUUUUGUAAUUUGUUUGUGGUUUUAAUUCUACUGAUGUCAUCUACUGCCAUUACCUCACUCAGAUGCUAUCAUCAUGGCAUAUCUUCAGUACUGUGCUAAAGAUGGGGGCACAACUUACUUCCUCUUAACGUAUUUCCUUGAAAACGAAUCUGAUGGUCUAAAGGUUGGUGUGACCUACUUCCUUUUCACAGAUGUACUUAUAAACGCUCUUCUGCAGAUUUACUUCAGAAGUUUGUACCAAACUCAGUAACUGUACAAAUUGCAGUCUAGUUUGAAAUUCUCUUUUUAAAGUUUUUAAAAACUACUUCACACACAACUAAAUGAAUAUUACAGUGUACCUGACCAUUGAUUGUUCACAGUAAAUAAAACAUGUUGCUCUUUCUGUUAUUACA